CCAAAAGUGUUUACUGUAGAUUUACCAGAAAAUCUUGAAAAGGUAUCGGAUGCCGAUGUAGAAGAAGAAGAAGAAGAUGAUGAUGAUGAUGAUGAUGAUGACAAUGAGAAGAAGAUGGAAUGUGAUGUGGAUGCUGAAAGGAAAUCGCUUGGUAGCAAUAACAGUAAAGCCAAAGACCUCAGUAAGGCUGGUACCGGCAAGAGCAAGGAUGUUCUUCCGACCAAGUGUUUGUCUUCGAAGGAUUCAUCCUCAUCCAAGCUUGUCAUCACAAAGAAAAUUCAUUUACAAACAUCUACAGAUUAUCAUACUCGCACUUCUGAGAUUCACAAACCAGAAAAGAAAAACUCAAAAAGCUUUCGUGAAGUUUCUGGAGAUUCCUCAUGUUUUGAAGCUGAUGCAGAUAAAGUGGUUUGGUUACCUCCAUCAGAUCAAAGUGGUGAUGGACGUACUUCUUUGAAUGAGAAAUAUGGCUACUGAUCUCUCCAAGAUUCCAUUCUCCACCCCCAUCCCCCACUAGAACAUUUCAAAUCUCCAUGAACUUCUGAUGCAUUAAAACAUUUCCAUAUAAGACUA